UGCAAGACGGCAUGGAGGAUGGCUGCGUGCUGGCCACCAUCGACAACGUGACCCAGGAGGACCCUUUCACGUCGCUUAGCAUUCGCUGGGGGGUCACCGAGAACUCGCCCAUUGUCCGCAAGGUCAUCAAGAGCUACGACCACGUCUACCUGGACGCUACGGGCUUCGCACGGCUGAGCAACGGCGAGCGCGUGGGCUACCACCUCGUGCAUUCCGUCGACUUCCGGGGCACGACGCCGCCGUUGCCCCAGUAUUUCCGUGGCCAGGUCGCGGCCAUCGGCUUUUGGCGCCAAGUCGAGCCCAACGUCGUGCAGAUCCACGGCCACGGGGUCUACGCGCUGCCGUUCGAGCGCGCACGCAGCCUCUUCAUCCCUGCCAUCGCGACGUCCUUGUCCAAGUCGAUGGUGCACGUCUUCUACGCGUCGCAGAUGAAGAAGCUGCGGUCGGCCAUUCGAGAGCAGCGCAUGCAGAUGCUCUUCAAGCCGCGGUGGAGCGCCAGCCACCCGUGCAGCGUCUGCAAGAAGAAGCGGACCAUGCACAAGGGGUCGAGCUGCGAGCUCUGCGGCGAGCACGUGUGCAAACUCUGUCGAGUCACGCACAAGCUCUCGUCCGUGGAGCUGGACAACAAGAUGCGCCACUCCAAGAUCCACGUUUGUCCGUUCUGCAUGCUGAACGUCACCACCAAGACGGCCGAGGAGACCGUCCGGGCAGAGGUUGGAGCGGGGCAGUACGGCGUCUUGCAGUGAGGUGAGGGUGGCGACCUACGAAUGAUUUUCCGCGAGUCCGAUCGAAGGGCGACGCAGACCCCCUACUUAUUAGCGUGCCGCAGCUUGGGUCGAACAGGCUGCCAUGUAUUCCAUACGUGGAUAUUAACGAGAGUCCAAUGUAAUGAUUGUACGUAUGCUCUCUCUCAUCGUAGGUGUGGACGGUGCUAAAGCUAACAAAGCUGAUGUAAAUUGGCCACUCGGCUGACAUCGAAGAUACAGAGGAUAUCUCAACGAGUGACACGUUGUCAUGAACGAGUCUGUCUGCCGUGGACUCGACGGUCUCCGUUACCCUGCGUCUCGAAUGAUGUCGUAGUCGAUUGCCUCGGUUUUGACUGCGAAGAGCUCCGGAGUCAUUCCCCAAAGCAAGACGCCGUCCGAGAGGUUCGACGCAGCAGCAGCAACAGCAACCGUAGCAGGAAUCAGCAGCCACUCUCGAUCACCAUGGGCGCCAACGGCCAGGCAGUGCAGACCAUGAACAAGAAGAUGGUGAAACUUCUCAGCAAGAAGCGCGCGGAGAUCCGCAACCAGAAGAAGGUGGCGGUGCUGCAGAAGGGCAAGCGCACGGUGCUGCGCAAGCACCGGCCGUCCAAGAAGAAACUGCAGAAGGGCGCCAAGCGCCACCGCAUCUACGUGGAGGCCGAGAAGGCCAAGCUGCUAAAGAGCGGCCUGGUCACGGAGGAGGACAUUAAGACGAUGGAGGCAGAAAAGGGAGACGACAAGGCCAGCGACGACGCCGACGCCGCCAUGGACGUGGAGGAGUAAAUGGUAACCGUAUAGCUUACUUUUCUUUUGCUAUAUAAUGUUUUUUCAAACUGUGCAGAGUUCGGAGUCUUUCAAUACGUUGAGCUAGCGCUGUCUCCGAAGCUGGAGAGUUCCACGUUGGCGCUGGUGUUGCAAUUCAUGGCAGCCUCUUGCUCAUCCACAUUCCGACGUGUUUGGCAUUCUCCAUGAACGCGCAGCUUUCGCCGCUCUCGAAGCCGAAGGAGGUGUAGAAGUCCACUGCCGAGCUCUGCUCGGUGUUCGAGGCCGAGAGGGUCAAGGUUUUGAAGUUGUGGGUCGUCGCCCAUUGCUCCAGGUGCGUCAUCGGCUUCCGACACCCAUGCGAUGGUAGCCGGGGUGGAUCGAGACUCGACGCACUUCCCCUUCGCCGUUGCCCUUCGGCUCCAGCGCAGCCAUUCCUAUGACGGUACUCUCUCCGUUGUUGUCUUCUAGUGCUGCGACCCAGAAGUUACCACCGGUCGCCAUGUACGUGCCUUCAAUGUCGGCGAGAUCGUCUUUGAGGCUUUUACGAACGUACUCCGCCCAGCACUGUCUUGAAGCAGGAUUAUUCUUCGCGUACAGCAUCAUGCCGUACUCGAAAAUCGCGGCGACUUCGGGCAAGUCGUCGUCUCGGAACUGACGAAUUGUGAUGGCUGGCUUGAUGGUGCUCGCUGAGGGCAUCGUGAAGGGGGGGGGGUAUUCUCGGUGCUGUAGGGCUUUAGUGAGGAGCUUGAACGGAGGAAGUGCAUGCUACCGGAGUAGCUCUGCUAUGCUGGACAAGCGUGUUGCCAUCUCAACUUUGGGCUGAGAAUCUCAGCCUGAGAUGAGUGGCACCACCCAGUCGGUGAUUGGUCAGUUCAAAUGCAAAGACAAAAACGCCUGUUAAUUCAAACCCGUCAGCGUUUACAGCGGUCUGGAGGGCCCUAAUGAGUUGAAGGCAGAUAUAAUGCAAGCAACAAUGCUAGCAACUACGCAAGUGCCACUAUGGACGAGGAGAAGUAAAUGGUGACCUCCAAACUGAUUGCACUGUAUUUGAAAGUUGAUCCUGGUCUAGAGCAACGAUUUACUGCAGCGUCUUGAUCAUCCAAAACACUUCGUGCGCAGGGUUUUCCCACAGCAUGAAGCUCUCACCGCUCUUGAAUCCGAAGGAGGAGUAAAAGUCCACAGCCGAGGUCUUCUCCGCGUAUGAAGCCAUGAGUGUCAAAGUUUUGAAGUUGUGGGUCGUCGCCCAGUGCACCAGGUGCGUCAUCAGCUUCCGGCCGAUGCCCAUGCGCUGGAAGCCGGGGUGGACGGACACACGCCGCACUUCACCUCCGCCAUUACCCUUCGGCUCGAGCGCGAUCAUGCCUGCGACCUUGCUCUCUCCGUUGUUGUCCUCAAGUGUUGCGACCCAAAAGUUGCCACCGGGGGCCACGUACGUGCCUUGAACGUCAGCGAGGUCGUCCUUCAGGCUGUUACGGACGUACUCCGCCCAGCGCUGCCUUGACACAGGGUCGUUCUUCGCGUACAGCAUCAUGCCGUACUCGAAGAUUGCGGCGACUUCAGGCAGAUCGUCGUCGUGGAACUGGCGAAUGGUGAUGGUCGGCGUGGCAGAGUCCAUGUGC